AUGUAAUAAGAAGCAGAUUAUGUAAAUAUUCAUUUAUAUUUAUUAAGAAUUAAGAUGAAAAAUAAGUAUACCAACUGAGGUAGUAAAUUAUUUCUUAUAAGCAAGUUCAAAGGUAAUAUUGAAAGUAACCUUAUAGAAAUCACCACAUAGAAAAUGAAAAAUUAAUGUUUCCAUACAACAAGGACUAGUGGGAGGCAGAAAGGGAAAAGAUAUUCUAGAAUUCGAUUCAAUAUUUUCAUGACAAAAUAGAUAAAAAUGAGGAACUCAAAUCAAUUUUUAGAGACAGAUUUCCAAAACUUAAAUUGGAUUAAACUUGCGAUGUAUAGUCUUUAAUAUGAUUGUUUAGGAUAUGUCUUUAUUUAGUGAACGAAUGUAAGGGUAUUUAGAAAAGAGGAGAUUGGAUAUAGAAUAGGAGCUAAAGAAAACCCAUCAAAAUGAUCCAAAAUAUUUGAGUUUGAAAAUUGAAUUACUGUUUAUAAAUUCAAAGGAUUUUUAUACUAAAGUUAAAGAUUCUAUAUUGAAUCCAUUAUUGUAAGAAGAAAGUUAAGCAGUAUUGUAAUCUAGAAUGCUUGAAAGAUUAUUAUUAGAUAGAAACUAUUUUAAAAGAGAUAAACCUUUAAGGAGAGCAGAGAGUAAGUUGUCAGAUAAAUUUGAAUUGAGUAUGAUAAAACAUGAAUAAGCAAGAAGAAAGAAAAUAAAAUAAAAAGAGUUUAUGUCAGCAAUAUUUGCACAUCAGAUUGAAUUUAUGGAAUUUCAUAGAAAGAAAUACAAACAUGCUAGAAAACGAAGUGUUUAGUUUAAGGUUGUAUUGGAAUAAAGAGAAUAAUAAAGAGAUAAAUAAAUGAGAAUGGAACACAUUAGAAGAGGAAAUCUAGAAACUUAUCUUUAAGUUUUAGAGAAAUUAGAUGAGGCUAAAAAAGAAAGAGUGGUUUCAAUUUUGAGAUAAACAGAUUAAUUUUUAAAAGAUAUUGGUGCAAGAGUAAAGAUUUAGAAAGGUGAAGAAAUUACAGAAGAAGAUGAAGUUAUAGAUAACAUUAAUUCUAGAAAUGGUUUAGGAUAUGAAUUAAAUUAAGCUAAUAAAGUAUAUUAUAAUAUAACUCAUAAAAUAAAAGAAGUGAUAACACAAUAACCAGCAUUACUGGAAGGAGGAUAAUUAAAAUAAUAUUAAUUAUAAGGAUUAGAUUGGUUAGUAAGUUUGUAUAAUAAUAAUUUGAAUGGUAUUUUGGCUGAUGAAAUGGGUUUAGGUAAAACUAUUCAAACAAUCUCUCUAUUAUGUUAUUUGAUUGAAACAAAAAAGAAUUUUGGACCAUAUUUUAUUAUUGUUCCUUUAUCAACUUUAAGUAAUUGGUCUAAUGAAUUUGAGAAGUGGGCUCCUUCUAUUAAAAAAAUAAUCUAUAAAGGAUCUCCUUAAAUAAGAAAAGAUAUAUCAAAAUAAAUGAGAACAACUAAAUGGAAUAUCUGUCUUACUACUUAUGAAUAUGUUUUAAAAGAUAAGUUAACUUUAUCAAAAUAUGAAUGGAAAUAUAUAAUUGUUGAUGAAGGACAUAGAAUGAAGAAUUCAAGGAGUAAAUUCGCAAUGAUAUUAGGAUAGUAAUAUCAAAGUGAAAGAAGAUUAUUACUUACAGGAACUCCAUUAUAAAAUAAUAUAGCUGAAUUAUGGGCUUUACUCAAUUUUUUGUUACCAAAAGUAUUUUCAUCUUGUGAAGAUUUUGAAAAAUGGUUCUAAACACCUUUAAAUAUUAUGGGAGCUAGUGAGAAAGAUAUUUAAUUAGAUGAAGAAGAAUAAUUAUUGAUUAUUAAUAGAUUACAUUAAGUUCUUAGACCUUUUUUAUUAAGAAGAGUAAAAAAGGAUGUUGAGAAAGAAUUACCUAGAAAAACAGAAUAUGUUAUUAAAAUAAAAUUAUCAGCUUGGUAAAAGAAAAUAUAUGAUUAAAUUAAUUAAAGAGGAGUUAUGACAUUUGAUUAAUAGUCAGGUAAGAGUGGAUCUUAAGCAUUAUAGAAUUUGAUGAUGUAAUUAAGAAAGAUUUGCAAUCAUCCUUAUCUAUUUAUGUUAAAUUUAGAUAUGAACAAAGUUACAGAUGAAAUUUGGAGAUCCAGUGGAAAAUUUGAAUUACUAGAUAGAAUUAUUCCUAAAUUAUUAUACUUUAAACAUAGAUUAUUAAUAUUUAGUUAAAUGACAUAAUUAAUGGAUAUUAUGGAAGCAUUUUUUGAAUAUCGAGGAUGGAGAUAUUUAAGAUUGGAUGGAUCAACUAAAUCAGAAGAUAGAGAAUCCAGAAUUUAAUUAUUUAAUUAAGAAAAUUCAAUUUAUAAUAUUUUCUUAUUAAGUACUAGAGCUGGUGGAUUGGGAUUAAAUUUAUAAUCUGCAGAUACAGUAGUCUUGUUUGAUAGUGAUUGGAAUCCAAUGAUGGAUUUAUAAGCUUAAGAUAGAGCUUAUAGAAUUGGAUAAAAAAAUGAGGUUAGAGUAUUAAGAUUAAUUACUGCAACAUAAAUUGAAGGAAAUAUACUUAGUAAAGCUGAACACAAAAUGGGAUUGGAUGCAGUUAUUAUUUAAGCUGGAUUAUAUAAUUAAAGAUCAACUGAUUAAGAAAGAAGGGAACGUUUGCAAGAUUUCUUUAGACAAAAGAAUAAAGUUGAUUUAUUUGAAGCUGAAGAAAUACCAGAUGAUACUUAAAUUAAUGAAUGGAUAGCAAGAAGUGAAGAAGAAUUUGAAAUGUUUAAUGAAUUAGAUAGAUAAAGAUAUGAACAAGAAAAAUUAAUUUAUAAAAACUUUAAUGAAAAUAAGGAUGAUCAAUAUUAUAAUUAUAGAUUAAUUUAAGAUGAUGAAGUUCCUGAAUGGAUUACAUCUAAAUAAAAUGAAGUCUAGGAAGUUAAAGAAUAUGGUAGAGGUUAAAGAGAAAGAAAGUAAGUAGUAUAUUAUCUUCCUGAGGCCUCACCUAUUCAAGAAGAAUAAUAGGAAGAUAUGAAUGAAUUAGAUUUAAAAUUAGAUGAUUAAAUUGAAAUGGAGUAAAAUUAAGUGUUUUAAGAUGAUCUUGAUUUACCUAAAAUAUAGAAAAAAUAAAAAAAGUUUAGAUAAAUAGAAAAUGAUGAAGGUAACAGUAAUAAUAUUGAUGAAAUUGAGCCUAAACUAAAAAGUAAACGUAAACUUAAUUGA